UUUCUUUUCUGGCCCUGGCAGGUUCCGGGAGCCUCGGCUUGUAGGGGCCGGAAGUGGAGGCGGUUGGUGGGGUUGGCGGGGCUGAGGGACGCUGCGCGGGCAGCGGUUUGAGAACUGAGGGUGGACUGAGUGUAGCGACCGGCGUCCGGCUGUCUCGCCCUGUCGCGGGUGGGCGAGGGUGGGUGGUGCGCGGCGGCGGCGGCGGAACGAACGCGGUGCGGGCGGGGCCCCCAGCGCUGGGCCCAUGGCCUCCUGCGCGAGCAUCGACAUCGAGGACGCCACGCAGCACCUGCGGGACAUCCUCAAGCUGGACCGGCCUGCGGGCGGCCCCAGUGCAGAGAGCCCACGGCCAUCCAAUGCCUACAAUGGGGACCUCAAUGGGCUUCUGGUCCCAGACCCCCUCUGCUCAGGUGAUGGUACCUCAACACACAAGACUGGUUUUCGGACCAUGCCACCCAUUAGCCUGCAAGAGAAGCAGGUCAUCUGUCUCUCAGGAGAUGAUAGCUCUACCUGCAUUGGGAUUUUGGCUAAGGAGGUGGAGAUUGUGGCCAGCAGUGACUCUAGCAUUUCAAGCAAGGCCCGGGGAAGCAACAAGGUGAAAAUUCAGCCUGUCGCCAAGUAUGACUGGGAACAGAAGUACUACUAUGGCAACCUGAUUGCUGUGUCUAACUCCUUCUUGGCCUAUGCCAUUCGGGCUGCCAACAAUGGCUCCGCCAUGGUGCGGGUGAUCAGUGUCAGCACUUCGGAGCGGAUCUUGCUCAAGGGCUUUACAGGCAGUGUGGCUGAUCUGGCUUUCGCGCACCUCAACUCUCCACAGCUGGCCUGCCUGGAUGAGGCAGGCAACCUGUUCGUGUGGCGCUUGGCUCUGGUUAAUGGCAAAAUUCAAGAAGAGAUCUUGGUCCAUAUCCGGCAGCCAGAGGGCACGCCACUGAACCACUUCCGCAGGAUCAUCUGGUGUCCCUUCAUCCCUGAGGAGAGCGAGGACUGCUGUGAAGAGAGCAGCCCGACAGUGGCCCUGCUGCAUGAAGACCGGGCUGAAGUGUGGGACCUGGACAUGCUCCGCUCCAGCCACAGCACCUGGCCUGUGGAUGUCAGCCAGAUCAAGCAGGGCUUCAUUGUGGUAAAAGGUCAUAGCACGUGCCUCAGUGAAGGAGCCCUCUCCCCUGAUGGGACUGUGCUGGCUACUGCGAGCCAUGAUGGCUAUGUCAAGUUCUGGCAGAUCUACAUUGAGGGACAAGAUGAGCCAAGGUGUCUGCAUGAGUGGAAGCCUCAUGAUGGGCGGCCCCUCUCCUGCCUUCUGUUCUGUGACAACCAUAAGAAACAAGACCCCGAUGUCCCUUUCUGGAGGUUCCUUAUUACUGGUGCUGACCAGAACCGGGAGCUAAAGAUGUGGUGCACAGUGUCCUGGACCUGCCUGCAGACUAUUCGCUUCUCCCCAGAUAUCUUUAGCUCAGUGAGUGUGCCCCCUAGCCUCAAGGUUUGCUUGGAUCUCUCAGCAGAAUAUCUGAUUCUCAGUGACGUGCAACGGAAGGUCCUCUAUGUGAUGGAGCUGCUACAGAACCAGGAGGAGGGCCGUGCCUACUUCAGCUCCAUCUCGGAGUUCCUGCUCACCCACCCUGUGCUAAGCUUUGGUAUCCAGGUUGUGAGUCGUUGCCGGCUGCGGCACACUGAGGUGCUGCCCGCUGAGGAGGAGAAUGACAGCCUGGGUGCUGAUGGUACCCAUGGAGCCGGUGCCAUGGAGUCUGCAGCUGGUGUGCUCAUCAAGCUCUUUUGUGUGCAUACUAAGGCACUGCAAGAUGUGCAGAUUCGCUUCCAGCCACAGCUGAACCCUGAUGUAGUCGCCCCACUCCCCACGCACACUGCCCACGAGGACUUUACAUUUGGAGAGUCUCGGCCUGAACUGGGCUCUGAGGGCCUGGGGUCAGCCGCUCACGGCUCCCAGCCUGACCUCCGACGAAUCGUGGAGCUGCCUGCACCUGCCGACUUCCUCAGUCUAAGUAGUGAGACCAAGCCCAAGUUGAUGACACCUGAUGCCUUCAUGACACCUAGCGCCUCUCUGCAGCAGAUCACUGCCUCUCCCAGCAGCAGCAGCAGUGGUAGCAGCAGCAGCAGCAGCAGUAGCAGCAGCUCCCUUACAGCUGUGUCUGCCAUGAGCAGCACCUCAGCUGUGGACCCCUCCUUGGCCAGGCCAUCUGAGGAGCUGACCUUGAGCCCCAAGCUGCAGCUGGAUGGCAGCCUGGCAAUGAGCAGCAGUGGCAGCCUGCAGGCAAGCCCGCGUGGCCUCCUGCCCAGCCUGCUCCCAGCCCCAGCUGACAAACUGACUCCCAAGGGGCCGAGCCAGGUGCCUACUGCUGCCUCUGCACUUUCCUUGGAGCUGCAGGAAGUGGAGCCCCUGGGGCUACCCCAAGCCUCCCCGAGCCGUACCCGCUCUCCUGAUGUCAUCUCCUCAGCUUCCACUGCCCUGUCCCAGGACAUCCCUGAGAUUGCGUCUGAGGCCCUGUCCCGUGGCUUUGGCUCCUCUGCAUCAGAGGGCCUUGAGCCAGACAGUAUGGCUUCAGCUGCCUCAGCAUUGCACCUACUGUCCCCACGGCCCCGGCCAGGGCCCGAGCUCGGCCCCCAGCUUGGCCUCGAUGGAGGCCCUGGGGAUGGAGAUCGGCAUAAUACCCCCUCCCUCUUGGAGGCAGCCUUGACCCAGGAGGCCUCAACCCCUGACGGUCAGGUUUGGCCCACAGCACCUGACAUUACUCGUGAGACCUGCAGCACUCUUGCAGAAAGCCCCAGGAAUGGCCUUCAGGAAAAGCACAAGAGCCUGGCCUUCCACCGACCACCAUAUCACCUGCUGCAGCAACGUGACAGCCAGGAUGCCAGUGCUGAGCAAAGUGAUCACGAUGAUGAAGUGGCCAGCCUUGCCUCUGCUUCAGGAAGCUUUGGCACCAAAGUUCCUGCUCCACGGCUGCCUGCCAAGGACUGGAAGACCAAGGGAUCCCCUCGAGCCUCACCCAAGCUCAAGAGGAAAAGCAAGAAGGAUGAUGGGGAUGCGGCCAUGGGAUCCCGGCUCACAGAGCACCAGGUGGCAGAGCCCCCUGAGGACUGGCCAACGCUAAUUUGGCAACAGCAGAGAGAGCUGGCAGAGCUGCAGCACAGCCAAGAAGAGCUGCUGCAGCGUCUGUGUACCCAGCUCGAAGGUCUACAGAACACCGUCACAGGCCACGUAGAACGUGCCCUUGAGACUCGGCAUGAGCAGGAGCAGCGGCGGCUGGAGCGAGCACUGGCUGAGGGGCAGCAGCGGGGAGGGCAGCUGCAGGAGCAGCUGACACAACAGUUGUCCCAGGCACUGUCUUCAGCUGUAGCUGGGCGGCUGGAACGCAGCUUACGGGAUGAGAUCAAGAAGACAGUCCCUCCAUGUGUCUCAAGGAGUCUGGAGCCUGUUGCAGGCCAACUGAGCAACUCUGUAGCCACCAAGCUCACAGCUGUGGAGGGCAGCAUGAAAGAGAACAUCUCUAAACUGCUCAAGUCCAAGAACUUGACUGAUGCUAUUGCCCGAGCAGCUGCAGACACAUUACAGGGGCCGAUGCAGGCUGCCUACCGAGAAGCCUUCCAGAGUGUGGUGCUGCCAGCCUUUGAGAAGAGCUGCCAGGCCAUGUUCCAGCAAAUCAAUGAUAGCUUCCGGGUGGGGACACAGGAAUACUUGCAGCAGCUAGAAAGCCACAUGAAGAGCCGGAAGGCACGGGAACAGGAGGCCAGGGAGCCUGUGCUGGCCCAGCUGCGGGGCCUGGUCAGCACACUGCAGAGUGCCACUGAGCAGAUGGCAGCCACUGUUGCCAGCAGUGUUCGGGCUGAGGUGCAGCACCAGCUGCACGUGGCUGUGGGCAGCUUGCAGGAGUCCAUUUUAGCACAGGUACAACGCAUUGUUAAGGGUGAGGUGAGUGUGGCGCUCAAGGAGCAGCAGGCCGCUGUCACCUCCAGCAUCAUGCAGGCCAUGCGUUCAGCUGCUGGCACACCUGUCCCCUCUGCCCACCUUGACUGCCAGGCCCAGCAAGCCCAUAUCCUCCAGCUGCUGCAGCAGGGCCACCUCAAUCAGGCCUUCCAGCAGGCCCUAACAGCUGCUGACCUGAGCCUAGUGCUGUAUGUGUGUGAAACUGUGGACCCAGCCCAGGUUUUUGGGCAGCCACCCUGCCCACUCUCCCAGCCUGUGCUCCUUUCCCUCAUUCAGCAGCUGGCAUCUGACCUUGGCACUCGAACUGACCUCAAGCUCAGCUACCUGGAAGAGGCCGUGAUGCACCUGGACCACAGUGACCCCAUCACUCGGGACCACAUGGGCUCUGUUAUGGCCCAGGUGCGCCAAACUUUUCAGUUCCUGCAGGCUGAGCCACACAACUCACUUGGCAAGGCAGCCCGGCGUCUCAGCCUCAUGCUGCAUGGCCUUGUGACCCCUAGCCUCCCUUAG